AUGGCUUCAAGUUUCAGCGGCGAUGAAACUGCUCCUUUCUUCGGAUUCCUCGGCGCUGCCGCCGCUCUCGUUUUCUCCUGUAUGGGAGCAGCGUACGGGACAGCGAAGAGUGGGGUUGGUGUAGCGUCAAUGGGUGUGAUGAGACCAGAGCUUGUGAUGAAAUCGAUUGUUCCUGUGGUUAUGGCUGGUGUUUUAGGUAUUUAUGGUUUGAUCAUCGCUGUUAUCAUCAGUACUGGAAUCAAUCCUAAGGCCAAGUCUUAUUAUCUAUUCGAUGGCUAUGCUCAUCUCUCUUCCGGUCUGGCUUGUGGUCUCGCCGGUCUCUCCGCCGGUAUGGCUAUUGGAAUCGUCGGUGAUGCUGGUGUUAGAGCGAAUGCACAACAACCAAAGCUGUUUGUGGGAAUGAUUCUGAUUCUCAUCUUUGCUGAAGCACUUGCGCUAUACGGUCUCAUUGUCGGUAUCAUCCUCUCUUCUCGAGCUGGUCAAUCUAGAGCCGAGUGA